AUGCAAUUUUCCACUGUCGCUUCUUUUGCCGCCGUCGCCGCCGUUGCCACCGCCGCUUCUAACUCCACUGACGCUAACGUCACCACUGAAUACGUUUCUGACAACCAAACUACCUUGGUCACCAUCACUUCUUGUGAAGACCACGCUUGUUCCGAAACUGUUUCCACUGCUUUAGUUUCCACUGCUACUGUCACUGAAAACGGUGUUGUCACUGAAUACACUACCUGGUGUCCACUUUCUUCUGAAGAAGCUGCUCCAGCUACCGUCGCUCCACAUUCUGUCGCCGCUAACUCUACUUCCACCACCCACGCUGUCUCUUCUUACGAAGGUGCUGCUGUCAAGGCUUUACCAGCCGGUGCCGCUUUAUUAGCCGGUGCUGCUGCUUUAUUAUUAUAA